CUAAACCUAUGCUCUGUGACAGGUUUUAGGGAUUUACCUCAAAACUUAGGUACUUUUAGGGCAUCAACGGCUCAAGAUUGGAGCAAAAAUUGAUAAUUUUUUUAAGCUUCUGUGCAAUUUCAAAAAUUAUAACAUUUUUUUAACAACUCAGUAUUUUUUAACAUAAACCACGUAAUUUAAUUUAAUACUGAGACUCUUAAUUUUUUUGGGCCCCUGUGUGGACAUGCUCGAGAUCUCCCCUGAAAUGGCUCCAAUGAGUGAAAUUUUGCCCAAAGUACAUUCAAGGUCACUAUAGUUUUAUUUCCGACAAAGUUGAGCAGCAUGGAACUCUUACUUAAGAUUGUGAUUAUGUCCUUGUUUGAUAAAGUGGUUUUUGGUCAUUGUAUUAGUUGUUUUUCGGCUUUAGGCUUAUUGAUUGGUUAUACCGCAGAAAAACUUGUUUGGCAAAUACUAGCUUUUAACCCCGCUAAAAGUUUGUUUUGAAGUAGAAUGAAGUUGUUCUUAGCUUUUGGCUACUUGUUUUCUAACAAACAAACAACCAUUCAAUCAAACAUCUUCGUUAAUGGUAGAGUUUUUUUAAUAGAGUUGGGGUAACAACUAACAAAUAAACGAAUGCUACCAGAAACCAACAUCCAAUUGUAGUAAUCAUAUUGCAGAAAGCUAAUCAUGAUUGGCACUAACGUAGUUCUUUGAGAUGGUAGGAGCAGUUGAAAAAUGGGUUUAAAUGGAUGGUUUUGACAAAAUUCUUGGAGGAGACAAAUUAAAGGAUGAUCUAGUGGUUCGAAAAUAUAUAUCAAGUCUCAAACUUUGUCUUCUAUUUGGCCACCCAUGUCGCAUCCAAGCCUUCUUUUUUGAGUAUUUGUUUGGUCUGUGGGUGUUUGGGAGAGGAAUUGGUGAUCAGCUAGUGUAAAGCUAUGGACCAUCUGAUAGCACAUCUCUUCCCUGUCUGGGAGUUUCUGGAAGGGCAGUCAGCGUAUCAACUUGUCCUCGUACAGAAUGUAAAAGAGCUCAAGUGAAAAUAACAUUACCAAAGUGUUCUCUGAAGCACUUUUCUUUGAUCUGCAUGGCAAGUACUGGUGGCCAUAGAAGAAAUCCAGAUUUCUCCAGGCAGAAUAGGUCGGGGUACUCUCGAAAUAGGAAUCGAUUGAAUGAAGAGAGGGAUAACUCCGAGAACCUUGAUGAAUCCGAGUUCUUAUCAACCAAAAAUGGGCCGCUGCUUUCUCUUUCCAAUAGCCCAAAGUCUCGAGCCUCUUCUGUUCGACCUAGAGAAAGGGAAAUUGUUGAUCUAUUUAGGAAGGUUCAGGCUCAACUUCGCCAACGAGCAGCCAACAAGGAAGAUAAGAAGUUUGAAUCCGUCAAAGGACAAAAUAGAGAGCGCGAAACAGUCGACUCUUUGCUGAAGCUUUUGAGGAAGCAUUCAGUAGAGCAGGGUAAACAAAAAGUUGAUGGCGGCAGUGUCAAUGAAUUCAGUUUUGAUCUUCCGAGACAGAGUGGACAAUCCAAUGAAGAUAAGAGCAAAGAUUUCUUUGAUUCCGGUGUUAUAAGGGAAGAGCCUCAAGAAACCAAUAAGCCUUCAUUUAGCCGACCUCCAUCCGCCUUCAGGCGCAGGUCUCCUGUUCCUAGGGUAAAAUAUGAGCCCAUUAUGUCUGCUUCGGAUCUGGAUGUUAAGACUUAUGAGACUCUUUCUGAACCCUGUCAUGAUCCUGAAUCCGACUUCGAUCUGGGGCCGGAUAUGGAUCUGGUAUCUGGGUUAGAACUCGAACAAGAGGUGGAGAAAGAGGAAGAGGUUGAGGCAGAGUUGGCAAUGAAAGCUGAGAAUGUAGACGAACCUACAGUUGGUAAGCCGUCAGAGGCUGAGUUCUAUGAUGCUGAAGAAGAUGAGUAUGACGAGAACAAAGCAAAAGAGCAUGCUGGACUCAACGACUUGAGCAAUAUGAAGCUAUCAGAGUUGAGAUCGCUCGCAAAAGCUAGAGGCAUGAAAGGUUUCUCAAAGUUGAAGAAAUUAGAGCUUGUUGAGCUGCUCAGUGAUGAUCCCAUAUGAUUCUUAGUGAGGUACUACCUGUACUCUUCUAAAGAUCGAUAAAUUAUCUCCUUUUUCGUGUUGAAAUUUGGGGUUCACAAGUAGAUGAAACGAAAUGUUUUGUUCAUUAGGCUAGGUGCUUAUAGUUGGUGUUCUUUCCUCAUGUCUAAAUGCUUCAUUUUGUAUAUCUAUAUGUUGGUGGAAUACUUGCUUUUUACGUUGAAUUUUUUGUUGGGAUCGGAAGGGAACUUAAGAUCUAUAGAUGGGUUUCCUUCUCCUACUCACUUGUACACUUCAUCAAGAGAGAUUGUUUAGAUUUUAGAACAACUAAUGGAUAACAUGUUCUCUU